AUGUCCCAACACCAGACAAGAGAUGCCGAGGAGGAAUCUCUGAAGAUGCCGAGCAAAGGAUGUGACUGCCACGGCCCUGGAUAUGCCACCCCGUUGGACGCCAUGAGAGGACCGCGAGAGGAGCUGAUCUACGUGCCUUGCAUCCUAACCGGCACAGGGACCCAGAAGCCCGACUAUCUGGCCACCGUGGAUGUUGACCCCGAAUCUCCCACCUAUUGCCAAGUUAUUCACCGGCUGCAAAUGCCGUACAUCGAUGAUGAGCUUCACCACACGGGCUGGAACGCUUGUAGCAGCUGCUUUGGGGACACCACAAAGAAACGCAACCGGCUGGUCGUUCCGUGCCUCAACUCUUCGCGGAUUUACGUCGUGGACACCGGGACUGACCCGCGAGCUCCCAGCCUGUUUAAAGUGAUUGAACCCAGAGAGGUCUUCUGUAAUACCAACCAGACUGUAUUACACACCUCGCACUGCCUGGGCAGCGGAGAAGUCAUGAUCAGUGCCUUGGGGGACAUGUAUGGCAACGGAAAAGGCGGAUUUGUUCUUGUGGACGCGGAAACGUGGGAAGUGAAGGGCACCUGGAACCGCCCCGGGGAUGAGGCUCCGCAAGGCUACGACUUCUGGUACCAACCGAGGCACAACGUCCUGGUCAGCACCGAAUGGGGAGACCCCAAAUUCUUUGUGAACGGGUUCAACCCAGAAGAUCUGAAGAAAGGGCGCUACGGCCGCCGCCUGAAUGUGUGGGACUGGACCACCCACUGCCUCGUCCAGUCCAUCGACGUGGGGGAGGAUGCUGCGCCCCUGGAGAUCCGCUUCCUGCAUAACCCAGACGCCCCGCACGCGCUGGUGGGCUGCGUGCUCGAGAGCUCCCUACACCAUCUUUUCAAGACGGAGGAUGGGACGUGGGCCGCGGAGAAGGUGGUCCAGAUUCCGAACAAGGUGGUCACCGGGUGGUAUUUCCCCGAAAUGCCAUCGUUCCUCACGGACAUCGUCAUUUCGCUGGACGACCGUUUCAUCUACCUGAGCAACUGGCUUCACGGUGACAUCCGACAGUACGACAUCACUGACCCCCACUGCCCUCGGCUGACGGGCCAGGUGUUCGUAGGAGGCAACAUCUACAAAGGCGGGGUGGUGACCGUGAUUAAGGACGAAGAGCUCGACUGCCAGCCAGAUCCCUUCAUGAUCCAGGGAAAGAGAGUCUAUGGGGGACCCCAAAUGCUGCAGCUCAGCUUGGACGGAAAAAGGCUUUACGUCACCACCAGUCUGUACACGCCGUGGGACAAGCAGUUUUACCCACAACUUGUCAGGGAGGGGUCAGUCAUGCUGCAGAUCGACGUGGACACGGAGAACGGGGGCCUCUGCGUGAACCCAGACUUCCUGGUGGAUUUUGGGAAGGAGCCGUGGGGUCCCGCUCGUGCCCACGAAAUGCGCUACCCGGGAGGAGACUCUACCUCGGACAUCUGGGUCUGAGAUGCUCCCCCAAGCCCACCCCACUGCUAAGCUAGCAUUUAGGGGGCAGGAAGCGGUGGGGGGUGCCACUCAAGACCAAAGUGUUGGUUUGUAGUUUAAUGCGCUGUACAGAUGUCACUUAAUCAGCGUGCUAAGUCGGGAAAGAAUAAGCUUGCUCGCUCUUCCUUCCGUCAGCACCCGUACACGGAGCUAAGGGACGCACUGGUUUCUUCGCCCCUCUUCCCUCCUUGCUUACCUGCAG